CCGUGUCUGCUUUUACUUCUUGGUAAGUGAGGGACAGGGUCAGGCAAGCUGGUGCUGGUGUUCUCAAACCCCUUUUCUCCUGUACACAUGGAUUUGUCAUGCUGUAGCUCAGCCUGAAGGUCAGUAUGAGCAACGGGCAAUUGUGUAAUGGUGGGGUGAACUGCAUUGUUAGCCCCUGGGAGCACCAGGGUGCUGCUCUGCAGGGGCAGGGCAGGAGCAUUGUGCCUCCUGCAUACCAAAACCUGGUUGCAACACACCUGAGCAUUCAGAGCAGUGCUUGGCGCUGCAAGCCAGGAGCUGGGGCUCGCUGCCUCUGCAGCUUUUGAGACUUAGCAACUGCUCCAGAGAAGUGCCCCCUGUGUAAAACCCCAGGCUCCUGUCACAAUGUACCAGUCCAGCUUUGUGCCACGGGAAUAUUACCCAGCCAUGAUCCCACCUUCUGCUUAUGCCUACCCCCCGCUGCGGCCUGGGAGAGCAGAAGACAUGUCCAGAUCUGUGAUGUUCCCUUCCAUCCACAUGCACAACUUCUACAGUCGACCCAUCACCUUUGUGGUGGACCGGAACGGCUACCCUGACUAUGCAGGAGGUCAGGUGGAGUAUCAUCAUCUUUAUAGUGCCUCCAAUCCCUAUAUCCAUCCAUACCACACCUGGCACUUCCCUCCCAUGGUCCCUAUUCCUCUCUACAGUCCCUAUGCAAACUACCAUCCCUAUGUUCCCUGCCAGAGGUCAGAGCAGUAUCGAGAUACGUGGCCAGAAGGCUUCACAAUGAGAGGGGAGCUUCAAUGGGGGAAGCUUGGAAAGGUGUUUGGGCCAAGGAAAGACCUCCCAGAGUUUGUGAAGGAUGAUCUCCGGAGGGUUUACGGCACCUACCCCCGGACCAGUGUUUCCAUAUCCUAUCGGAAAGGAGAGUUCUUGGUCAAGGGAGACCCCAAGACAGAAGACCAGGAAUAUGCAGUGGAGAAAAAGGUCAUCCAGCAGGCUGUGACCCCCAGUGCCAGUGAGGCAGAUGACAGCAGUGAGGACCGGAACCGUAAGAAGAAAAAGAAACUGAGACAUUGAGGGAGUCAGAUACCCAAUCGACUGAUGCUCCAGUCCCCUCAUGGGAGCCAGUUUGCAGCUGGUUUGGUGUGGUUGGCAGUAACACAAGCAAUGGAUGCCACCAUUCUUUUUGAUUUCUUUUAAUACUCCCCUUCCACCACAAUCUUAUGGCAGAUUUACCCUUAUUGAUGCACAAUGCCCAUCCUGUGAAGAAACCACAUGACACUUGACUGUUGGGUCAGCACAUUGGUCAUGGUUUUGAAAUGAGCAUUUGAUUUCCACUGGUUUGGUUGACUGGUCACAGCCUGGUGGGGGAUCUCCAAACUGCAGCCCUUGAUCAGAGAAGAUGGACCUCUUCCUACUUUGUCCAGGGGAAAGGCCUGUGAGCUGGUUCUCUUCCUGGAGAGGUAAAAGAGAGGCUGAGGGCAGUGCAGGUCCCAGAGGACACAGGGGCUCUUGAACACUCUGAAGAACAAUUGUCUGCAUGUUUUGUCACUGCUGUUUAUGACCAUAUCAUGGUGCUUUAUCACCACAUGAGGCCUGUAUGCAGCAUUUCCCUACACUCUGGUGUCCCCAUCCUCUUACACUUGCUAGUGUGGUGCUCAGUACUCCUGGCCACAUGUCCUUAUUGAAACUGCUGUUGAGGCCAUUCUCUGGGUCUGACUUGGCUCUGGCUGGAGGUGCUGGCUCUCCAAUGAGGUUACUGGAGUUGUGUGAAUCACAGCACUUCCAUGGCUUGGUGGUUGUACUGGAAGAGCUGUGCUGGAAGACUGGAGGGCUGUGAGGGGCUGGGUCUGACUUACUUGCAAACUUCUAAAAACUUCUACCUUUUAAAUGACUAUAAACAAUAAAAAAACCCAAAUGCAAAUGCUUAUAUUUCUGAUUCUUAAAUACCUAACAUCAGUCUCUUUUGUGAACAGCUUGCAAUCAGAUCUGGCACCUUUUUGUGAAGUUAAGGAUGGCUUCUACUGUGGUUUAUGCCCAGCCAUGGUGCCUUGUCCCACUUGGCAGUACCCUGCCUUGCCCUAGCUUAUUUUCUGCCAGCUUCUGUAUGGGCCAACAGGAAGUUUAUAAGCAUACAGGAGAAAUAGGAGACCCUCUCUGUCACCCUAGGCCCCCCCAGGACUCACAGAUGGGAGGGAAGGGGAUGUUAUCUAUCUGCAGAGCAAAGAAGAGACUGUGAGGGUGAACUUGGAGGCCCUUGGUUGUUCUGAAUUGCUAUAAAGUGAAAGCAAGUGGAGCUUCUUUAACUUUUUUUUUUUUCCCCUUAGUUAGUGUGACAGGUUUUGUUUAACCAAUUGCCAAAAUGUCACGGCAACUGUCUGCAUUUCCCCUUCCCCAUUUAGCUUCUUGGAAAUGUGUGAACUCUGCUGCCAGACAAAGCUGCAAGAGGGCUGAACCAGAAAAACUGCUGUAGAAACCUUGGACCCAACUGGUGCUCCUUGGCUGUGUUGCAAAUAGUGCCAGUGGAACUUGCUGAAUGGGCUAGAAAAGACCUCCAUUAAUUACAGCUGGCUAAUCAGUUAUGCUUUGCUUACCUAGUAUAGGAAAAAGGCAGCAGUUCCUGCUAGGUUGGCUGGUUGGUUGUUGAGGUUUUUUUAAUCUCUUCCUUGGCUGAGCAGGCUGUCCUGCCUAGUUAGGGAUGUGCUCUUAAAUGCCGGCAUUGGUGGUGCACUCCCUGUCCUUCCAGCAGAAGAAGCAGUUCCUUUGCACAGUGAACCCAAAGUUCAUGCAUUGGAUCCUUGCACAGUGGUUCAGCACCUCAGUGGGGUGUGGGAAGGAGCUUCUUCCCCAUUCCCUGGAGCUAUUGUGGGACACAGCUGAGCUGUCAGAACUGGAUGCUGCCUGCCAUGGGCAGGGGCUGCUGUAGGUGAGAUCUUAGAGAAGGUGCAAACCGGCUCUUCCAGGCAAGAUGAGAAAGAGCAUGGGGUUUGCCAUACAGUGAUUUUGAAAUGCUACAUGAAUUACAAGGAUUUGCACAAUAACUUAUCCUAGAUGUCAUUCCUCCAGCUGUUAGGUUCCUGGUGGCAGCAUGACACCAUGUUAUAGCGGAAAUGUCUCCAAAACUCAAGGAGCAUAGCCAGGCUCUCGCAGAGGUAUGCGAUGGGUAGGUGAACACAGAGCCUAUUGCCUACACAAAUACUUUCUCUAACUAUGUGUCGCUGCUGGGGUCAUCUCCAAGGCCCAUGGGGAGACAGAGGGCAUAACCCUUAACUUUACUCAUCUUCUCCUGUUUAUCUUCUCCAAAGUUUUGUUUGCUUUUGCUGCCUGGACUCUGAACAGGAGAUUGCUGGGCACACCCAGGCUGUUGUUCUGACAAUGUGUAUUUUUAGCAGAGGCUCACAAUUGCUUGCAGUACAUCAGGAGGUAGUAAUGUAUUUAUUUUCUAAAAUGCCAUUUCACUUCCAGAAGGAAGAAAACACUCUAUACUUGGGGUUUUUUUUUGCCUUUUGGGGAAGAUGUGCCACAAACCUCUAGUAGCUCUCUGAUAGCAGAUAUUUAUAUGGCCAUAACUCCCUUCCACCCCUCAUCUGGUCCCUGUGCAGGAGCAAAGAUUUACAUAUUCCUUGUAGGAAGAGCUCACAGUUGUCUUUUCUUCCUGAAGAUUUGAGGCUCAGUUGCUGCCCAGCUGCAGAACUGAAUCCAUAGGGCAUUUUGGAGGCUUUAACGCCUAUGGAAUUCAGUUCUCAGAGCCAAGCAGCCAGUGCGAGUCAGCUUCCCUGGCUCCAGCCAGCUGUGUCUCCAUCUGCAAGGGGAAAAAAUAGCAAAGAGCUCAUCAUAUCUUUGACACAGGGCAGGCACUGAGCUGACACAGAUUUUUGCAACUGGGAUCUGCCACAAGGAGAAGACUCUGGCACCUCUCACCCCAGAAGUGGCACAGACAGACACAGCUUUCUUUGGAAACUUUACUCAAGUUGGCUGGCUCUUUUUUUUUUUUUUUUUCCACUGCUUAAACUUAUGCUGUUUGGAGUCACUGCAAAGUUUCAGGUCAGCCCUGAGCUCUGCAAACCUGCUAAAGCUGUAAGAGAAACACCAUUUUUGUCACCUAGGGCUGGUAUUGGCAGGUGUGUUGAGAACCCCCUAUGUAUUUGCUCUGUGUGCAGGUGUCACACAUCCCUUGGUCUAAACUGCUCUUCAUAAAUGCUCUUCCUCAGUGUGUGUCUCUGAAAAGGGGCAAGCUGUGCUAGGGGGAUGCCUAAUCUUAUUGGAGCAGCUCAGCACUUCCAGGUACUGACCCUCUGCUCUAUUCAUACUGAAACCAAUGCCCACAGGAAACUGUGGAACUGGGAGCUGCCAGCUGAGGGCAAUGAUUUGUGCAGCAGGCGCUACCAUGGGUGGACCAUGAGGUGCAGGGACUUUCUGCCCAUUUGGAAAUGGGAAGGGACACAGGGUAAUUCCAGAUAGCUCAGAGAGUAGAUUCAGGGAGGGACUGGUCUCCAUCUGGAUUAACCUGGGACUUGUUGGUGCAUCCCACAACUAUACACAUGCCUUUUGCUGCCCACUGCCCCCACCCUCUGGUUUGGGCUGCAACGCUCACGUGCAUGGAGCGGCAGACUUGAGGGACACAUGGGGAUCCCCCUGAGCACCCACAGAGCUGCUGAUGCUGCCAGCAGCUUUGGGCAGCUUCACCCCUCAGUAAAUGUUCACUUUCAAACCUGGGGAGUGAGCUAAUGGCUGAAAAGCUUUGUCUUGGCUCAGCAAUAGUUUGGCACAGUUGUGAUGACAGUGGCUCAGGCAGGAGUAAGCACUGGGAGAGGAUUCCAGCCCUUUGCCUGUAUGUCAGCAGAAGAGACGGGAAAUGACACACAACACUUUGGAGCACGAGCAAAGAUUUCAAUGGGGGAAGCACUGAGCAACUGUUGCACGAGCAGUGAACUCCACGAUUGCUCAACUGCUGGCCCCGGGCUCUAUUUUAAUCCCUCCGCUGGGAAUUACAGUUCAGUUGGGGCAGCAUGAACUCACCAUCCUGAUGCACGUAGCAAAGCAGCCAAACUCUGUUACAAAAGCUGAGGAAUUCCAGGCUGAAAGUGCCAGCUCUGGUGAAUCCCAGGGACCAUGUGCAGCAGUACCACAGGGGCUGCCUGGAGGGGCAGCAGUUGAGGGAGAUGGGGUAAAACAGAGCUUACAGCAGGGUCCCACCCUGCAGAAGGUGGUCAGGGUCAGAGAGGCAGCUCAGGGGCCCAGCUGUGCGCUGUGCCAGUUUUCAGACUAUUGUGACUGGGCAGGAAGUUUUCAAUAGCUCUGAGCUCCUCAAACUCUGAUCUCCCUCCUCCUCCUCCCCUUUCUCUGCAGGCAGCCACCUGUGCAAUUCAGUGGGAAGGAAGGCAGCCUGCCAGAGACAUUGCAGCCAUGUGGAAGCACCUGCCAACCUGAAAUGGUUAGUAGGGUUGGGAUGCUUUGGGGCUGCUUGUUGUCCAUCUCAUGCCCAUGGGGAUGUUACCCUGCAGUCCCUGGCCAUCUGAGAGCAUGGAAAACCCUUAUGUUUCAUUUUUAAGAUGUAAAACUCUCCUCUGAGGCAUUUACCUCACAUUAUUGAUGGAUGUCUGCUGUUCAAAGUGCCAUCCAUCUGCCUUCAUCCUUCUGCUGCUCUAAGCAACCAUGCUUUCAGAAACUGAAAGGUGCAGGCCAAGGAAAAGCCUUCUUCCUCAUCUUCCUCCAUGGGCGGAUUUGCAAAGAAAGGGGAAGGGUUUCAAGGAGACCAGCAGUGAGCAGGAUGGGGGUCAACAUCUACAAGCCUUCCCUGAUAGUCCUCCUUCCCUUCCACCAUGGCCUAGGGAGGCGAUGUGGGUGCUGGGGCUGAGUUGGACAGCCCAGCAGCCAUCUGGCAUGAAUUCCCCCAUGCCCCAUGUCCCACUCUCCCCAGUGUGGCAGCAGGGACAGCUCCAGCAUGAAACCUUUGGCAUCCUACCUGUGGGUGCUGGGAGUGGGGCACCCCAUUGCCAAAAUGCACCAGAAACAGUUUGAUCCAAGUGCAAUGGAAAGCCCAUGGGGGAUGAGCUGGGAAAGAAAUUAUUCAAAUGCAAACUCAGACAAGCUCCAAUUCUGAUUUCAUUCCUGGCUGCUCCUGUAAGCAACAUGCCCACGGCAUGGCAUCCACAGCACACCACAUGCUCUGCUUUUGCUCCUUGGUUUUCCUGACCCAGCUUUGUCCUGUAUUCAUUCACCCAGGCAGGACCAGGGCUGGAUUUGGCCCUGUGUAUUUGGGAAUAUCCCAAGACCCUAGGGGAUCUGCACUGAAGUAGGGUGCCCGGUAAUACCUGGAAGGGUAGGGAUGAAUGGAGAUGUGGGAGCCACCUCAGUGAUGGGUAUUUCGCUGGUGUGAAGGUGCCCUGCCCUGGCCUGACCCGGUGUUUUCUGGAAGCUGUGUCAGGGCCAGGCUCAAGCACUGCACUGCGGAGUGACCAUUGCCCCAGCUCAGCCCCAGGGGAAUUGCAUCAGGCCAGCAGGUGGGGGUUUCAUAGCCCCACUGCAAUCUGCCUCCCCUGACCUUGGAGCUGGAGCCCUUGGCCAAAUGUUGAAAGCUCUUCAAGGCUCCUGACCUCAGCCCAAAAUGAUGGUGAGUCAAGAGACCCUGCAGACCAUCAGAUGCCCAGGAGGAUACCGCUGCUGUGGGGCUUUCUCUGUGGAGCACAGCAGAAAUGGCCACAUGAGCAGAUUUCCCCGUGGCAAGCCCCGCUGGAGGCGACGGGAGGACACAGAGAAGCAGAAGCUCACUCAUGGCCAGCCCUGCUGCUGGAGAGCUGCGCCGCAGCAGUUCAGCCCUGAGCUGCCAGGGGCUCUGCGCUCUUUCUGGCUUUCGCUCUGCGCUCCCUCCCUGCUGUGGGUCCAUGGGACAGGCUGGAGCGCUGCCCCUUCCCUCGCUCCUGGGGGAGACAAAGCGCAAGCCACUGCUCCGGAGGGGACGUGACUCCCAGGCAGCUCCAGCGCUCAGAAGUUAAUGAUUUAUUGCUUUAUGUCUUUAAAAAAAAAAAAAAAAAAAGCAGCAGCGCCCUCCUUUUGGCAUUUCCAGCUAAUUAUCCCGGGAGUUACUGAUUAGCUAGGACGUGCCUAGGCCCAAGCAGCGGAGUCCUGUGGGCGCUGCACAGCCACUGGCACUGCGCUGACAUGGUGGCUGCAGCAUUAUUCCAAGGAGUUUCACUUUGUCUCCCCGGGAACAUGCCCCCCGCCGUUUAAAGUAUGAGAAGCAUGAGUCCGGUUUUGCAGGUUACCAAAAAAGCCGCGGAUAGAAGUGAAGAUGCUCGUGCGCGCACACGGUGUCCGGCUCCUCCUGUCCCGCUUCCCGCAGCCGCGAGCGGGUGCGUUGCCAUCAACCGAGAGGCGUCCCCGCGUCCCCGCUGCUCGGCACGGGCAGAGCCGCCCUCUGCAGCGCCCGGGCUGCGGCUCCUUGGGGAGAGCAGCAGCCAAGAAACCCCUCCUUCCAGCCACAGCGGUCCCCCCGCUCCGGCGCAGACCCUCCCUUGACCCCGGCACUCACCCGACAGCUCCGGCUCCCGUCGAGGCGGGUCUGCGGGCGGCGGGGCCGGAGGCACUGUUAAAUAUUGCAGCCGACUUACUCACUCACUUCUCUUCCUGGACGGCAGCGCAGAGUUUCCACCCACUUCUUUCACCUUUGGUUUCCAGGCUUUCUGAGAAAAGGGGAAGCCGUGGGAGGGAGCAACCGGCAUCCCCGUGCCAGGGCCACGGCCCCCAGCAGCCUCUCCUUCCCGGGAAGGGGCGGAUGCCAGAGGGGGCCGCUUUCCCGGGAAAUUGCGGCGUGUCUGGGGGUGCCUUGUGCCCCUGGCCCAGCACUCCACGACCCUCUUGGGUUAGGCAGAUUUUCCUCCCCAGCCGAGUGGAGGGGGCACCUGAGUGCUGCCUCCCUGGCACAAGCUCAAGGGUGGCUGCCCGACCA